AUGGGUGGAACUGUAACAAGGAAAUACAAAUCCGGUAGUGCCGUUGAUUUCAUCACCAGAGCAAAUGCAAUCAAGAAACUUCAAGUUUCUCUGGCCGACUUCCGUCGUUUGUGCAUCUUCAAGGGAAUCUACCCUAGGGAACCCAAGAACACCAGGCAAGCCAACAAAGGUUCUUCAGCUCCUACCACUUUCUACUAUACUAAGGAGAUUGAAUACUUGAUGCAUGAUCCUAUCUUGCGUAAAUUCAGAGAACAGAAGACUUUUGCAAAGAAGCUGAAGAGACUUCUAGGAAGAGGUGAUCUGGAUGACGCAAAGAGAUUGGAGUCUAGAAGACCUAAGUACAAGUUGGAUCAUGUAAUCAGGGAAAGAUAUCCAACUUUCAUGGACUCUCUUCGUGAUUUGGACGAUGCUCUUAACAUGUUGUUUCUUUUCAGCAAUAUGCCAGCUAAUGACAAAGUUGGUUCCAAUGUGACGAAACAAGCUGAAAAACUUUGCAACCAGUGGUUGGCUUACCUAGCAAAGGAGAGACUCGUUAGAAAAGUUUUUGUCUCUAUCAAGGGUGUUUACUACUCUGCGAUUGUUAAAGGUCAAGAGAUCCGUUGGUUGGUGCCUUUCAAGUUCCCCCAGAACAUUCCAACCGAGGUCGACCUAAAAAUCAUGCUCACCUUCUUGGAAUUUUAUUCCACUUUAUUGACCUUUGUUUUAUACAAGCUCUAUACCGACAGUAACCUAGUUUAUCCUCCAAACAUUGACCCGACUACUUUAAAAACAGUUGGAGGUAUUUCAACUUAUGUCUUAGAUCAAAAGGACGGAGCUCAAUCUCUGGUUGGCGACCUCAAGGAUACCAAGCAAGAAGGAACUCAAUUGAGUAAAGACGAACUUUCCAAAGCCUUGGCUGCAGAUAACCAGGCUGAGGAAACUGAAGCUCAAGAAGAAGUUGAAGAAGAGAACGUAGAAGAAGCUUCGCUAGACAAAUUUGAAGACACAAGCAAGAACGCUGGAGACAAAUUGGAGCAGCCAUUGGAAUUCAACAAUGCUACUUCUAAUUUAUUCCAGAACUUUAUUUUCUUCGUUGGACGUGAAGUUCCUUUGGAUAUUUUGGAGUUUUUAAUUGUGUCAUGCGGUGGUAAAGUCGUUUCUGAAGUUGCUCUAGAUGUUGUUGGAGCUUCUAAUUAUGAUCUCUCUAAGGUCACUCACCAAAUUUCUGAUAGACCAAAGAUCUCUAAGAAGGUUCAAGGAAGAAUUUAUAUUCAACCUCAAUGGGUUUUUGAUUCCAUCAACAAGGCCACUUUGUUGAAUGAGUCUGAUUAUGCUCCGGGAGAAACUUUGCCGCCACAUCUUUCACCAUGGGGAGACUCUGGUAGUUAUGAUCCUGAGGCUCCAGUUGCAGAGGAUGAGUUAUCUUCGCAAGAAGAAGAAGGAGAAGAGGAGGUUGAAGAAGGUUCCGAAGAAGACGAAGAUUUGGUUGCUCAAAAUGAAUUAGAAUUGGAGGCUGCUGGAAAAUACACCGAUGCAGGCAAGGAAUCUAAGAAGGAGAAAGAGAAGAAGGACAAGAACAUCAAAAAGAAGAUUGAGAAGGAAGAAAAGGAACAAGAGGAAAUGAAGAAGUUUUUGAUCUCCAACAGGAAACGUAAAGUAUACGAAAAUAUUAAGGACGAAGCUGAUAGAGAAGAGAAGAGACAAAAGGACCUUAAAAGAAAGAAGAUUCAACUUCAAAAGUCUAAGAACCAGCCCAAAGAAGCUGAUAGCUAA